UGGCUGCGGUUGGCUGGCUGGUAUUUCGCGACUGGGAUCCCCAAGAGGGAUGGCUUCGCCUCGUAAGAGUAGGGUGGGGCUUGUCAGCCUGUUAGUCGUGGGUACAUUUGUGCCUUCCUCCCCCUCCCCAUGGGGAAAAAAAUACUCGCAGCCAGGCAAACGAAAACUGAAUAGGCUCCCAGGCGGUUCAAAGUUGGAGAAGUUGAGAGCCUUGUCCCUCACGUAGCAGAGGUUGGGCCCCGGCCGCAGUCUGGGCGGGAAGGGAUGGCUUGGGGUGGCACGUUUAUAGUGUCCGUCUAAUAGGGUACCCACUUCUGCCUUCUGGGUCCUACUCUUUAUUGGCCAGCCCAGGGCCGGGAGGGAAAAAGACGGUCUCUCUGUUCCUUGUCUUUUUUUUUUUUUUUGGUAGGGGUGGGGGUAUAGUCUUAGAUUGACACAAAGUUUCAGAGAUAAAACAGAGAGUCCUGUAUACCUUUCACCCAAAUUUUCUAAUGUUAAUCUUACAUCACUGUUGUACAUUUGUCAAAACUGAGAAAUGAACAUUGGUAUAAUACUAUUAACUACAUACUUUUUUUUUCCCCCAAAUUUGACCAGUUUUUCCGCUAGUGUACUUUUUCUGUUCUGGUAUCCAAACCAGAAGAGCAUAUUGCAUUUAGCCUGCCUUGUUUUUUAACUGGUGGUAAGAGCAGGAAUCUCAUGUGUCCUCCCAAUGACAUGAGCUACGUUUUACUUAUUCAUCUACUAUAUGCCAGGCACUAUUCUAGGAACUAGGAAUAUGAGACCUAAAUAUUGAAACCCGAGUUUCUGUCUUCUGCUACUUCCAUUUGAAAUUUCUUUUUUACAUUGAAGGACAUGGCCAAUUAAAAAAUUUUAAGUUGGUGGAAAAUAAGUGAUGUUAGACUUUUCUCCCCUUUCUAGUUUGCUCUUAAAUGUUACUAUAAAUUUCCAAGUCAUAGUAUUAGCUCUUGCAUUAUGAUCAAAUUUUUUUUCCUCCAAUUUAUUGCUACCCUCAGAAAAAUGCAGUGCACAAAGAAAUGCUAAGUAAGUAAACAGGUCUGAAGAUCCUACCGUAUGAGGAUGAUGGAGUAAUCCUAAAGAAUAGCAGUUCAUCAUGAAGUGGUACCAACAGGAAGUGCUUCAUCCAGAGUCAUAGUACAUGUGGAUCUGGAUUGCUUUUAUGCACAAGUGGAAAUGAUCUCAAAUCUAGAACUAAAGGGCAAACCUUUAGGGGUUCAGCAGAAAUAUUUGGUGGUUACCUGCAACUAUGAAGCCAGGAAACUUGGAGUUAAGAAACUUAUGAGUGUCAGAGAUGCAAAAGAAAAGUGUCCACAGUUGGUAUUAGUUAAUGGAGAAGACUUGACCCGUUAUAGAGAGAUGUCAUAUAAAGUUACAGAGCUAAUGGAAGAAUUUAGUCCAGUUGUUGAGAGACUUGGAUUUGAUGAAAAUUUUGUGGAUAUAACAGAGAUGGUUGAGAAGAGACUCCAACAGCUUCAAAGUGAUGAACGUUCUUCGGUGACUGUGUCGGGUCAUGUAUACAAUGAUCAGUCUAUAAACCUUCAUGACAUCUCGCAUAUCAGGCUACUUGUUGGAUCUCAGAUUGCAGCAGAGAUGCGGGAAGCCAUAUAUAAUCAGUUGGGUCUCACUGGCUGUGCUGGAGUGGCUUCUAAUAAACUUUUGGCAAAAUUAGUUUCUGGCAUAUUUAAACCAAAUCAGCAAACGGUCUUAUUACCUGAAAGUUGUCAAGAUCUUAUUCACAGUUUGAACCACAUAAAGAAAAUGCCUGGUAUUGGCUAUAAAACUACCAAACGUCUUGAAGCACUGGGUAUCAAUAGUGUUCGUGAUCUUCAAACCUUUUCAUCCAAAAUAUUAGAAAAGGAAUUUGGAAUUUCAGUUGCUCAGCGUAUCCAGAAGCUCAGUUUUGGAGAGGAUAACUCUCCUGUCACACCCUCAGGACCACCUCAGUCCUUUAGUGAAGAAGAUUCAUUUAAAAAGUGUUCAUCAGAAGCUGAAGCCAAAAAGAAGAUUGCAGAACUACUUGCUAGUCUUUUGAACAGAGUAUGCCAAGAUGGAAGGAAGCCACAUACAGUAAGGUUAAUAAUCCGUCGGUAUUCAUCUGAGAAGCACUAUAGUCGUGAAAGUCGUCAGUGCCCUAUUCCAUCCCAUGUAAUUCAGAAGCUAGGGACAGGAAACUAUGAUGUGAUGACCCCAAUGGUUGAUAUACUUAUGAAACUUUUUCGAAAUAUGGUGAAUGUAAAGAUGCCAUUUCACCUUACCCUUCUAAGUGUGUGCUUCUGCAAUCUUAAAGCACUAAAUACUGCUAAGAAAGGACCUAUUGACUAUUAUUUAACACCGUCAUUAUCAACAACUAAAUGCUCUGGCAAGCGCAGUCUUAAAAUGAAGGACACUCACAUGGAAGAUUUUUCAAAAGACAAGGAAACAAACUGCGAUUUUCUACCUAGUGGAAGAAUUGAAAGUACAAGAAAUGGGAAGUCUCCAGUAAACAAUACUGAUUUUUCUAAAGAAAAAGGUAUAAAUGACUUCCCACUCUAUUCAUUUCCUGAGGGUAUUGACCAAGAAGUUUUUAAGCAUCUUCCAGUAGAUAUUCAAGAAGAAAUCCUUUCUUCAAAAUCCAGAGAAAAAUUUCAAGGGAAAGGAAGUUUGAGUUCUCCAUUACAUGCUUCUGGAGGAGUAUUUUCUUUCUUUUCUACAAAACAAAUGCAAGAUAGUCCCUCGAAUCCUACAGAUCAAUUAUCCAGUAGCAAACAAGUGUCCUCUGUCUCUCCCUGUGAACCGGGAACAUCAGGCUUAAAUAGCAGUAGUUCCUCUUAUGUGUCUAUCCAAAAGGAUUACGAAGAUGAACGAAUGAGUCAAGGACCUAAAGAAUCUCAAGGAUUCCACUUUUCAAAUACCACCCCUACUAUAUCUGUUUUCCAUUCGUUUCCAGAUUUGCAAAGUGAGCAACUUUUUUCCAAAAACCAUACUACUGAUAGCCAUAAGCAACCCUCAGCAAUAGCCUCUCAUCACGAAGGAUUUACAGAAAAUAGACAGCAAAAUUCUGCUGAGGAGAAAAUUACCUUUCCUUCCGAUAUUGAUCCUGAAGUUUUCUAUGAACUACCAGAAGAAGUGCAAAAAGAACUGUUGGCUGAGUGGAAGACAACAGGAUCCUAUUUCCAACUUGUACAUAAAUAGGCAUGUUUAGGAAAAAGAAAGGUCUAAAAAGCAAGGGAAGUGCCAUUCUUAGAUUAGCAGUUUGUUAACUCCUAUAAAUUAAACAUUAAUAGCUAUUCAGUAAGGUAAAAAUCUAGUGUAAAAUGUUCCAGAUAAGGCAAGAAUUGUUUCAGGAAGUAAAUUCCUGUGCAAAGCAUAAGAAUAUAACAGAAGAAGUGAUGUAAAAUAUUCUUAUUUCUAAAGCUAUUUUUUACUGCUUUUCAAUAAAAAGAAUAUCAUGGUCAA